AUGGCGGAAGGAACCUACGAGUACGAGUGCAUGCGAGCGGAGUUGCUGGGCUUGGCCCAUCCCAGUCGAGAGGAGUUCGAGGAAAAGCAGAAGCUAAGACAGGAAACCGAGGUCGAGGAGCAGCUCACCGAGCAGUUGAAGGAAGUUGACCUGCAGGACGAGUCCAUGCAGGGCACGUCCGGUAAGAUGGAUGAGCUGAACAGCAUCCUUACCGCGACGCAGCAGAAGAUAAACAAGUUCAAAGUGGCUUGCGGGAGCUUGACGAGUCUGUUGAAGCUUCGUCCGUCCACACCGAGCCAUGAACCGGCAGCAUCCACCGAAGAUGGUACAGCCCCAGAAGGGAAAACUAUCAACGACGCGCUGGAUACGCUCGACGACAUGAAGGAGUUGAACGCCGCCUCUGAGGCGUCAGUGGCGAAGUCUGCCGCUCAGGACAUUGGCCAGAAAAUGUCAGCCCAACUGGGCAAACUGGACUCGCUGCUGUACAAGGCGGACAACGCCACCUACUCGAUGAAGCACCAGACGGAUCAGAUGAAAAAGAUCGCCAAGUAAAGACAACAUUGGGUCAGUGGCACCCAGGCCAAACACCAACCGCACGACUCCGGCAACGAUGGCAAGGACACCGGGCACUGCUCGGGAACUUGCCCAUACCGUACGCUUAUGAUAAAAAAACGCGUGUGCAAAUAAUAUUAUCUCCACUUACUGUUCUAUCGAUCAUACAUACGUAGAUAUAUUGAAAAAGAAAAAAAAAGGAUACACCCUGCGAGGUGCGUUUCCGCGGCAAGGAUCUUGAUUAUACAUUCGCGAGCUGCUUGAAAGGACAACGCCACCGUUACGUUACGCGUCCGGGCGUUUCUUCAGGUCGCACCGAGCUAAAACCGUCGUUUAUUGUAGCUUCUAUCCGCUGUUUGCUGCAUCGUACAAAUCUGCUUUCGUUUCGGCUUCCAUUCGCGCUUUCGGCUAAAGCGGUCGGUCUUCCAUCAAAACUGGAAUAGCACAGAAACGAACGAAUCGGCCGGAACUGGCUCGAUUAUUACACCUUGUUAGGAACAUUAGCCCGUUGGAUUGGCCCAUUGCCGUGCGUCUUGCGGAACCGAUUGUGAUAUAUACAUACAUACAUAUACAUACAUAUAUAUAUAUAUACACACACAUUACGUGGUUUACGUUGUAUAGUUCGAUGUAUUUAGUUGGCCGCGCCGCGAUCGGCGACGCGCGCGCAAACGAUGCUUCCAGGAGGAGUUGUGUCCUUUCCCGUGUUACAUUUGGCGUUUGUUUUUUUACAUUUUUGUUGGUGCUCUUGGGUUUUUAAGGGAGCGUCCGGUCGUGCCGGGGCU